AAUAGCUAGAAGGAAGCUUUUCUCUAAAGGAAAUAAGGAGCUUCGUUGCUGAUAAAUAUCUGUACCUCGUUCCUCCUCUUUGCGCCAAUUACUAUCCUGCGUCGCUCACACACCUUCAACUCUUCUAACUCUUUUUGAUAGCUAUCAUAGCUCUCUGACAGUUUACAUAACCCACACACGUCUGCUUACAUAGGACCUACAUAUAAGUACCUAGUCAUCGGCAUAAAUCGAAAAUGGCAUCUAACCCUCCCGGAGACUGUUGCACCAAGGGCUUCAGAUAUGAAGGCACCCCAACAGGCAAAGACUUCAAAGUCGGCGAGCACGAUGCUUACCUGGCCACUCCCGCCUCUAACGCCAAGGCGGACACUGCUAUUCUGUUCAUCCCGGACGUCAUCAGCAUCUGGCAGAACAGCAGGUUGAUCGCUGAUCAGUUCGCUGAGAGAGGCUACCUCACCCUUAUCAUCGACCCCUUCAAGGGUGAUGCCCUGAGCCUAAAUCGCCCCGACGGCUUCGACUUUGUUUCCUGGUUGACCAAGGGUAGCAAUGGCCAAAACCCUCACACCACCGAAGCCGUUGACCCUAUCAUCGAGGAGGCUAUCAAAUAUCUCAAAGACGCGCAUCACGUCAAGAAAUUAGGAGCUGUCGGCUACUGCUUUGGUGCCAAGUACGUUUGUCGCCACUUUAAGAACGGUAUCGAAGUCGGCUUUGUUGCUCACCCCUCCUUCGUAGAGGAGGAUGAGCUCGAGGGCUUCAAGGGGCCGCUGUCUAUUGCUGCCGCCGAAACGGACGCCAUCUUUCCGGCUGAGAAGCGCCACAAGUCCGAGGAGAUCCUCGCCAAGAAGGGUGACCCUUACCAGAUCUACCUGUACUCCCAGGUCGUCCACGGCUUCUCUGUCCGCUGCGACACCAGCAAGAAGAUUGAGCGCUUCGCCAUGGAGCGGGCCUUCGAGCAGGCUGUCGUCUGGUUCGAUACCUGGCUGAUCUGAUAAAACCGUAAUCUUGACACACAAACCCGAGGAAGUCACAGGUAGUCGUCAUGCGAUGUGUGCUAUGUCCGACGGAAGGUUAUAGCCUACAAAUAAAUCCAUAGAUAAAUGAAGGCUCGACCU